AUGGGGAAUACGCAUUCUGCAAGUCAUAUUAGAAGUAAAUUCGAAGAGCUUGAGGGACAAAUUUCAUCACUUAGAUCUCAAUUAUCAUCUACUCAAGCCACAUUAUCAUCUAAUCAAGCCGAAUUAUCAUUGACCAAGGCUAGUUUAAAAGCCGCAAAUGAAGAAGUUGAGAAGCAUAAACAAGAAAUUUUAAUUCGCAAUGUUAGAAUAAGUAAGUUGUUUAAGUUAGUGGAGCUACAAGAACAAGUUUCUUGUGCCAAAGUUGAGGCUUUAUUAAGUAAGUUUACCUUGGAAGCUUCUAGAAAAGAGGUCAAAGAGCUUGAAGAAUUGAUAUCUUCUAGGAAGAAGUUUGAAGAUGAUAUAGGAAUGAAAUUGGAAAGGAUUAUGGGACUUGAAAAAAAGGUUUCAUUAGCUAAUGAUCAAUUAUUUUGUAGUAGGGCAAAUUUAGAAGCCUUAAAAAAGGAGGAAGGUAUGCUUAGAAAAGAUCUUGAAAGUCAUGAAAAGUUCCAAAAAGACAUGGAAGUGAAACUUAAGAUGAUAAUGAAACUUGAGAAACAAAUUUCACAUACUAAGGCUAAAAUAUUAUCAUCAAAGUGUGAUCUUGAAGCCUUAAAAAAGGAUGAAAUUAUGCUCAAAGAAAAGCUUCAAGCUUGUGAGAAAUACAAUGAAGAUAAAAGAUCAAAAUUUCAAAAGGUUAUGGAGCUUGAGAAAGAGCUUUCAUAUACAAAAGUUGAGGGUUUGUUAGUUAAGUUUAGGUUAGAAGCUUCUAGAAAGGAAGAAGAAGGACUUAAGAAACAAGUUUCAGCAUUGGAAAAGUAUCAACAAGGCAUGGAAAUUAAGUUAAUGAAGAUAUUAGAGCAUGAAAAGGAAUUUGUUCCUCAAAAUUUAUUUUAA